UAAUUGCAUCGACAUAGUCCACAUUUCCGAGAAACUUCAGUGUGUUUGACGUGCAUUUAAUUAUGCACACACAAAAGCCUUCUCGGGAGGGAUGAGGGUUUGAGGAACCUGCUAAGCAGGAUCCUCUUCUUUUCAAUGAUUGCUGCGCAUGCGCAGUGUUUGAUUCAUUUAAAGAAAUGGAUGCAGUAAUUCACCUGGACUAAUAUGUGACAAAGGAUCUGAACGGCACAUUUCACCUGUAAAUCAUGUACUCUCCGGCAGCCGAUACGGGAGUGACGGUGGUUGAGAAGGAUGCGGCUCUGAGCAGCGCGUAUUCACCUGUGGACUACAUGAGCAUCACCAGCUUCCCUAGACUACCAGAAGAUGAAGUUUCAGCCGACAACAUCCUCAAAUCACGCAAAGACAAUGAUAACUUCCUCAGUGAGCAGGACACAGACCCUGAUCUGUUCCUGAAGUCGGCCCGACUGCAGCAGCUGCCCUCCUCUGCCUCAGACUUGGCCAGUCAGGACAUCUCUCCUCUGAGAGAGACCAGCAGAGACCCGCUGGCGCAGGACUGCACCUGCACACAUGACGGGCUGACCGUCAUCAUCACCGCCUGCCUGACCUUCGCCACGGGGGUCACCGUGGCCCUCAUGAUGCAGAUCUACUUUGGGGACCCACAGGUGUAUAAUCAAGGCGCGGUGGUGACGGAUGUGGCCCGCUGCACGUCUCUGGGCUUUGACGUUUUGGGCAAACAGGGGUCCAGCGUUGAUGCUGCUAUAGCUGCUUCCCUCUGCCUGGGCAUCAUCCAUCCCCACACCUCGGGCAUCGGCGGUGGUGGCGUGAUGCUGGUCCAUGACAUCCGCAGGAAUGAGAGCCGGGUCAUUGACUUCCGCGAGACGGCACCCUCUGGCAUUCACGAGAACAUGAUGUUACAUGUUAAUCAAAGGUCAGGUCUGUUAGUGGCUGUUCCCGGCAUGAUCAGUGGACUACACCAAGCUCAUCAGCUCUAUGGAAGAAUGCUGUGGAAGGACGUCAUCACGAUGGCUGCCGAUGUGGCGAGGACUGGAUUCAAUGUGACGCAUGAGCUGGCUGAUGCGCUGUCUGAAGUGAAGGAGCAGAAUGUGUCGGAUGCAUUCAGAGGUCUGUUCCUGCUGAACGGUCAGGCUCCCCUCGCGGGACUCUUCACUAAACGUCUGGAUUUAGCUGCCGUUCUGGACAGGAUUGCAGCCAAUGGAGUCUCAGAGUUCUACAGUGGGAAUCUGACUCAGGAAAUGACAUCAGUGGUUCAAGCUAAAAGAGGUGUGCUGACAGAGGAUGACUUCAAAAACUACACCACUGUCAUACAGAAGCCACUGCAAAGUCUUUACCAGGGCUACCGGGUGUUAGUUCCUCCUCCGCCCCACGCGGGAGCCGCCCUGCUGUCCGCUCUCAACAUCCUGGAGGGAUUUAACAUCACAAACCAGGUGUCCAGGAGCAGCGUUUACCACUGGAUAGCUGAGUCUCUGAAGAUUGCUUUGUCUCAAGCCAGUGGACUGGGAGACUCCGUGUUCAAUUCAUCGGUUUCUGAGUUGGUGACGCAGAUGCUCAGUAAAGACCAGGCUGCUGUGUUCCGGGAGAAGAUCAGUGAUUCGCAGGCGUCUGCGGCUGAGCACUACACGCCGUCAUACGAGCUGCAGGAGGGCGCUGUGGCCAGCCAGCUCAUGAUCAUGGGCACUGAUGACUUGAUCGUGUCUGUUAUGAGCUCUCUAAACCGGCCGUUUGGAAGCCGCAUUGUGACACCCUCUGGGAUUCUCCUGAACAGUCAGAUGCUGGACUUCUCUUGGCCCAACAAAACCCACAGCGCUGCAGCUUACAAUCAGCGUAACAGCAUUGAGCCGGGCAAGAGGCCGGCCUCGUUCCUGACGCCGAUCGCGGUGAGGCCGUCCGUGGGGCAGUGUGGCAGCUACGUGGCGCUGGGCUCCUCUAACGGCGAGCGGGCGCUGAGCGGCAUCACGCAGGUUUUGAUCAAUGUCUUGUCAUCACGUAAUAACAUGAGCGACAGCGUGUCCUACGGCAGACUGCAUCCUCUCAUCCGGAACAACACCCUGCUGGUGGACUCUAAGUUUCUUGAGGAGGAUGUGAAGUCUCUGAUGCAGAAGGGUCAUGAUGUGCGCAAGGUGGACAUCAUCUCACUGGUCGAAGGGACCCGGAGGACCAAUGACCUGAUCAUCGGUGUGAAGGACCCGCGCAGCACUGACGCCUCAGCGCUGUCCAUGUCCAUGCCCUAGACUCACACUCUCUGCUGCUUGAUUCUGAUGCUGUUUGUGCACUAAAUAGGGACGUUAUGAGGUUUCCAAGUUGAUGACUAAAAUAGAUGGAUGAUGUCCGGUAGAUGGAAAUGAGCCGCUCCCUGCUAUCCACCACAAACACAUGACAUGUGACUCCUCUUUAUUUUGUUUUGUUUUAAUUUACCUAAAGAUUUCAAGAACUAUGUAUGUUAUCGCACAUGACUGGAUAAGUUAAAGGAAUAGUUCACCCAAAAAUGUAAUUGCUGAAACUUUACUGAUUGAAACUGAUGAAGAUCUGAUUUCUGGAGAAAUGUAGCAUUGCAUCAGUGUCUCGGUGCUCUGCAGUGAAUGGGUGCCGUCAGAACGAGAGUCCAAACAGCUGAUAAAAACAUCACAAUAAUCCACACCACUCCAGUGCAUCAGUUUUUAAUGGAUGAUGUUUUGCUCAAUUUCUUUGAUGGUCUAAGGGUGAACAGGUUUUCACUUUUGGGUGAACUAUUCCUUUAACUGCUCCAACACAGACAGUAUGUGCCAAAACAUUUGGACAUAUCUACUCAUUAUUUAUGAUUGAUAUUUUCCACAUUGUGGAAUUCUAGUAAAGGCAUUAAAACGGUGAAAUACCACAAAAGGAAGCAUGGGAGUUAUGUAGUGAAAAUGUUAAAACCGAUCUAAAUAAUGUCUAGAGUCCAGCUGAGCACACUUCUCUCAGAAACCCUCACGAGGAGCAUCUUCAAGCAAAUGAGCAGUAUUGAAGGUGUUUCAUGUGUGCUGCAGGCCUGCUGGCUGCUCUCAUUCACUCAUAAGAUCACAAGGAACAAAUUUAGUCAAGUGUGUCCAAACUUUUAACUUAUCAUAAUUCAGAGUUAUCUGAGGAUGGUGUAGGAUUAUGAGAAUUACUCCAGAGGCAGAUAAAGGCAAAUGAAAGGAUUUUUUUCAUAUCUUGCAAGACCUUGCAAGGUCUCUUGAAGUCUUCAUGAAGACGUACCUUCACAAAUGUGAGUAAAUGUUAUCUGAAGUGAAUAAAUGCUCCUGUUUACGAAUGAAUGGUGGUACAUAUUAUAUAUUGAUUUUGAAGGUUUGGUGGGAACAAAAUGGUAACAAUUUGGUCUUAUUUUAUUAGUCAAUCCAAACAUCCUGGAAUCAUUCAUGAAAUGGUCUAAAAUGAAGGAAGCUGAGAGAAAUGUCAGUUAUAAAAUAUGAGGUAAAUAAGAUCGAUUUUCCUAGAGUUGCAUAAGCUUUCAGAUGCACAAUUAAAUUGUGGGUAACAAUUUGCUGAUGUAAUUGUAAUGCAUUUUCUCUUUUAUGUGGAAACCGUGAAAUGAAGUUUUAGUUUAUGCACAUUUCUGAGAGACAAUCAUUGAUUAUUUAAAAGUGAAGUGAGCUUCCUGUUAAUGGGCACAUUUGGUAUUUUCUGCCACAAUUGAAUAUUAUUGCACUAUUACAGCAUUACUGUUGUGUUUAGUAGCUUUACAGUGACAGUCAUUACCGUGAAGAAUAAAUAUUCAUAUGUAGUGUAGUUUCUUUGCAUUAUUUCUAAACUCAUUCAGCAUGCAGUUAGAUGUACUCCUAUAAUCUAUGCUUUGCAUAUGUUUAAAAUGAUCAUAUAGGCUUAAGAGCACUGGAAGGACUAUAGAUAGGGGAGAGUGGGGACGGUUGCGACAUGGCUUAUUUCUUCAGUCAGGAAUGAGCUACAGUGAUGUUCAUACUGCACAUGCUCAACUAGCCCCUCAUCCUUCCUGGAAGAAAGCAGCCACAUGUCACCAUUCCUUCUACAAAAAAAAAAAAAUCAUUUUCAUAGUAAAAAAAUUUUUUUUUUUUUUUUAAAUGAUCAGAUUUUUUUGUCAUACUGUCUCUUAAGUUGUUUGCGUGAAGCAUUGUAAAAACAUAAGUUUAAUCUGUGUUUUCUUAUCUUCUAAUAGGUAUAGUAUUUGUCAAAGAUAUUGUGUCAAGCUACUAUAAGUUUUAUCACGGCUGUCAGUGUUGGGACAGUUGAACCCGGUCUCAGCAUGCUGUCCCUUACCACAAUAUUGAUGUAAAAGCUUGCCAUAACAUUACAUAAUUGGAAUUAUGGAUUAAUAAAG